UGAACUACUAAAUUGUAACGUUACAUUUAAGAGGAACAUUAUAUUUCUAUGUUUAUGUUAUAUAUUUUGAUAAAGAAAAUAAUUAUAAAUUAAAACUUUCAUUUUGUAAACAAAUAUGGCGGACAUUAAGGCUUUGGAACAUCCCACGUUAAAGGUGCCGUAUGAGCUACUGAACAAGAAGUUCCGCACAGCUCAGAAAACGAUAGACAGAGAGAUAUCGAAAGUUCACGGAGCUGGAGGAGAAUUGGAGGUAUGCCUUCAAAAACCACAGGUUACCAUUGGAGAAGUGACAAAGGCACUGGACAAUAUGGUAGAGAAACUCAAGCUUUUGAAGAGAAAGGCUGAUGAAAGUGUUAAUGAAGAGCUUGAGGCUGCUAGAAUGAUAAAGAGGCGUGUUGACCAUCUGAAGGAGGCGGAGCAUCUUCAUGAACAUACACGCCCUCUUUGGCAGAAGAAACGUUUGGAUAGGAUGUUAGUUGAAUAUUUCUUAAGAGCCGGCUAUUACAAUACAGCAUUGAAAUUAGCCCAGCAUUCAGAGAUAGAGGACCUAACAAACAUAGACUUAUUUAUGACAUCAAAGGCCAUUGAAGAAUCAUUAAUCAAUCAUGAGACAGCCCCCUGUUUGAAUUGGUGCUAUGAAAAUAAAUCUAAACUUAGAAAAUUGAAGAGUACUCUGGAGUUUAAGCUACGACAACAAGAAUUUAUUGAAAUGAUUCGCAGUAACUGCCGUCUUGAUGCAGUCAGACAUGCAAGGAAAUAUUUUAGCAAUCAAGUUGAAGAUCAACACCUGGGUGAGAUUCAGAGAGUUAUGGGAUUGCUGGCAUUUUCAUCAGACACACUCAUUUCACCAUAUAAGGAGUUAUUGGACCAAGAGAGAUGGAUGGAGCUUGUACAACAAUUCAGAUAUGAGAAUUUCAAGUUACAUCAAUUAAAUAAUGCAUCUGUCUUCACUGUCACUCUACAAGCUGGUUUGUCAGCACUUAAAACACCAUACUGUUACAAAACUGAGGGUAACAGUAAGAAUGCUGAAUGUCCGGUUUGUAGCCGGAACCUAAACAAACUAGGUCAGCACCUGCCAUACGCUCACUGUGCUAAUUCCAAAUUGAUAUGUCAUAUCAGCGGUCAAGCUUUGAAUGAGCAUAACCCACCUAUGAUGUUACCAAACGGAUAUGUAUACGGUUGUAAUGCCCUCGAGGAGAUGGCUGCAAGGAACGAGGGUAAUGUUUUCUGCCCUCGAGGGAAAGAGGCUUUCCAUAUUGAAAAAGCAGAAAAAGUUUUUGUGAUGUGAUCCUGGACUAUAUCAGAUCUCUAUGAUACAAAUUUAAGAUAUAUGUUUGUUUAAAAUAGAAAACACAUGAUCUUAAAAGAUGAGAUUAUAUAAUU